AAUAAAAAUAAUUAAAAUACAACAACAAACAAACAUGGCCUCCGUCAUCCUCUUCUCAUCUUCUUUCCUUUGCAACUAGUUAGUUAGGGUUUUGAGUUUGUGUUGUUUGUUGCUUUUAUCCCUGAAAAUCAAAUCAGACUCAGAGAAAAAGAGAAAAUGGCGCUGAAGUUUCUGAACAAGAAGGGAUGGCACACGGGGAGUUUAAGGAACAUAGAGAACGUGUGGAAGGCAGAGCAGAAGCACGAAGCGGAGCAGAAGAAGCUGGAUGAGCUCCGCAAACAGAUCCAGGAGGAGAGAGAGCGCACCGAGUUUCGUCUUCUUCAGGAGAAAGCUGGCCUCGUUCCGCAUCAGGAGAGGUUGGAAUUUCUGUACGAUUCGGGGUUGUCGGUUGGGAAAUCUUCGAAUUCCGAAGGAUUCAAGGCGCUCGAACAGUUACCAAAAUCCGAUGCAACGGAUGCAGCAGGCUCCUCUGCUUCUGCAUCUGCUUCUAAGGAGGGGGCGAGUGUGCCUGGGGCAUUGUUCGAGGAGAAGCCUCAGUCUGCCAAUGAUGCUUGGAGGAAGCUUCAUUCUGACCCUUUGCUCAUGAUUCGCCAGCGCGAGCAGGAGGCACUUGCCAAGAUCAAAAACAACCCUGUCAAGAUGGCUAUGAUCAAGAAAUCGAUUGAAGGAACUGAAAACAAGGAGAAAGCUCAUAAAAAGGAAAAGCGGAAGAAGCACCGGUCUAGUAAAUCAAAGCAUAAAAAACUGUCUGAUUCAGAAGAUGACACUACUGAGAGGAGAAAAAGAAAGACCGGUAAUGAAGAUUCUGACAGGAAGCAUCACAAGGCUCAAUCAGAUUCAGAGUAUCAAUCAAGUGAAGGAGAAAUGAGAAGAAGGAAGGAUCGCAUUGAGGACCAAAAAUACAGGGAAAGAUCGCCCAAUCACCAACAGAGACAAAGAAAUGGCAAAGACUACAAAGAAGAUGCUGGUGACAGAAAUUAUAACAGGUCCAAGUCAGAAAGGAGUGUGCAAAAGGGUCAAUUGGAUUCAGGUUAUGAAUCAAGUGAAGGAGAAAAGAGAAGGAAGAAUCACUAUGAGGACAAAAAAUACAGGGAAAGAUCACCCAAUCACCAGCAGAGACAGAGAAAUGGCAGAGAUUACAAAGAAGACACUGGUGAGGACAAAAAACACAGGGAAAGAUCACCCAAUCACCAACAGAGACAAAGAAAUGGCAGAGAUUACAAAGAAGGCACUGGUGAGGACAAAAAAUACAGGGAAAGAUCACCCGAACACCAACAUAGACAAAGAAAUAGCAGAGACUACAAAGAAGACACUGGUGACAGAAAUUAUAACACUUCUAAGUCAGAAAGAUAUGCUUCAGAAGGUCGGUCCAAUAUAGAUGCCCCUAAAAGUGGGGGUGGGCGAAUUUCGGAAGCAAGCUCCAAUAGAUAUUCUGCUUCUUCACCUGAACGCAGAUCACACUAUAAGCGCAGAAACAUGGCUCCUAAGCUUUCAGAAGAAGAGCGAGCUGCUAAACUUAAGCAAAUGCAAUUAGCUGCUGAGUUGCAUGAAGAGCAGAGAUGGAAACGUAUAAAGAAGGCCGAGGAGUCGGAUGCAAAGGAAGCAAUCCAGAAUGAUAAUGCCGGUGGCAAGAAUUUCUUGGAUACUGCUCAGAAAAGUGUAUAUGGUGCAGCUGAAGGGGGGAGUGCAUCAAUAGCCGAGAGUGUCCGUCGUCGGACAUAUUAUUCUCAAGGAAGAUCUGGUGGUGAAAGCAAUGCUUUUCGGCGAUGAAUGCUGGAUGGUUCUAUCACUAUAUCAUUUGUCUCCAGACCCCUCUUGCAUGUGCUUUCUUCCUUGGACCAACAAAUUGUUCCUUCGGUCUAUAAUAUGUGAAAACCUGUUUAAUUUUAGCUAGAUAAUAUGUUAAGAAUUCAUAGUUCAACCUUCAUGAUUCGAAAUUUCUAAUGUUCUCUUGUGAUUUUAAGGUGUCAUGAUGGGAAAUGUUUAAAGGUAUGCUGUGGCGUCUACGCAUACUGUUGAUUUCUGCUUGGGUAGUGCUUGUAUGAUGGAUAUUUGAAUAAAACAUCAAUAUAGUUUUUUGAAAUUGACAUAA